AUGAAGUUAAUCGACCUAAACGUUCAGAGAAGUUUUCAAGAUCACGUACAUACAAAUUUAACAACGACAAAUCUUAGCGGUGAUACCGGAUACGUUUCACAUCACGGUCACAGUCAACAAUCAAGUGCUGGAUCCGUCGGAAGUUCCGGUCCGUGUAAUUCUCCAGGUUCUCCAGGAGUUAGGUAUAAAGAAGAAAAUAUACGAAAUUCUACAUCGGAAGGUGAUAUUGAAGAUGGCGGUUCGGAUGACGAGGGUUCCAGUAGUUCCAGAGCUCAAUACGUAUCCGCAAAUUGCGUUGUUUUUACACAUUAUACAGGAGAUGUUGCUGCCGUUGUUGAUGAACAUUUUACACGUGCUCUUAACUAUUCCGAAAAAAGUUCCUCCGGUUCAAAAGAUUCGUCACCAAUGUCGUCUAGAAAUUUUCCGCCAUCUUUUUGGAGUAGCAAUUAUCAAAGUCCGACGGUAUCGGUAUCACAUCACGGAGAACUUUAUAGCGAAUAUCAACACGCUGCUGGAGUCGAUCCGUGGCACACGCAUUAUCAACAAUACACGACAGCAGCACAUCAUCACAGGGCCGUACACGAUUAUCAUCAUCAUCAUCACAACACGGUGGCACAAUAUUCUGGUCUUUUACUACCUAGAGCUAGUCUUGCACCGCAAUAUGGUAAAGAUGCUUGGACAUCGUCUCAUCACACGACAAGAUUACACGAAUCCGCACAUUCUCACACUCAUUUCGAAUCUGCUUAUUCAACGUAUCCUGGAAUGUCUGGUAAGUUUAUCAAAUCAUUAUCAUCAUCAUCGUAA